AUGGCUUCCGUCCCGAGUGUGCAAUGCUUCGGCAAGAAGAAGACGGCUACCGCUGUCGCCCACUGCAAGCAAGGCAAGGGUCUUGUCAAGGUUAACGGCCAGCCCCUCUCUCUGGUCCAGCCUGAGAUCCUCCGCUUCAAGGUCUACGAGCCCCUCUUGAUCGUUGGCGCCGACAAGUUCGCUGGUGUCGACAUCCGUGUCCGCGUCUCCGGUGGUGGCCACACCUCGCAGGUCUACGCCAUCCGCCAGGCCAUCGCCAAGUCCAUCGUCGCCUACUACCAGAAGUACGUCGACGAGCACUCCAAGAACCAGCUCAAACAGGCUCUUGGCCAGUACGACCGCACACUGCUCGUUGCCGACAACCGCCGCGCCGAGCCCAAGAAGUUCGGUGGUCGCGGUGCCCGCGCAAGGUACCAGAAGUCCUACCGUUAA